AUGUAUUCUGAUCUGUUGCAUAUCACAACUCUCCUUCACAUCCUUCAAGUUGUUAUCGCCUCCGACGCAACUGUCGUCCCAAACCGGAUCAACUUCGAUCUCCACAAUCAAUUCGUUCUUCCUGUUGCAGAAGAUCAACUCCCUCUCACUGCUGCAUAUCCUAUACCGCCGUCUGAGCCACCUGCAAUCUCUCUAAAGACCCGACCAAUAACUGUCUACCGCCCGAAAUCUCUUGAUGCUCACGAGCACGCUCGGUUACGGUCACUUCUUCAUGCCGAGACUGAGCCCAUCGAAUGGGAACAGAAGGUAGUCUCAGGACCAGACAUAGAAGACAGGCAUACCCUCUCACAAUUGGCACGCAUGACUGCCAAUGCGUACCAACUUCCAGGCCACAAGAACUGGUACGACCUCGAUUCAUCCUGGGACGUCAAUACUAGCUUUCCAUUCGGGUGGGAUAACGACGAAGACGGAUUCCGUGGCCAUGUUUUCACUUCUAGAGACAGGUCUACAGUCGUACUCUCAAUCAAAGGAACCACGCUUCAGGGACCUACAUCAAAGAAAGAUAAACUCAACGAUAAUCUACUCUUCUCGUGCUGUUGCGCCCGCGUUGAUUUUUCAUGGACGUUCUCUACAGUCUGCGACUGCUAUUCCUGGUCAGCUUUACAUCAACGAUGCGACGACACAUGUUUGUCCAAAGCUCUCAUAGAGGACAGCCUCUUUUAUUCCACGGGCGUCAAACUCGUGAAAGAUGUGAUAUUUCUAUACCCUUUCGCUGACGUAUGGCUUGUGGGCCAUAGUCUCGGAGGAAGUCUUGCUUCUCUCCUUGGUUCCACUUUUGGGUUACCAGCUGUCGCAUUCGAGGCUCCUGGUGAAAGGAUGGCAGCGAAUCGUCUUCACCUCCCACUUCCGCCCCCUAUCGGAGAUUCUUCUCGACCUCCGGUGCCUAUCAUACAUGUAUACCAUAAUGCCGAUCCGAUACCUCAGGGAGCGUGUACUGGUGUUGCUUCGCCAUGCGCUCAGGGUGGCUAUGCUCUUGAAACCAGAUGUCAUUUGGGAAAGAGUAUCGUGUAUGAUACUGUCCAGAAACUGGGGUGGCAUGUUGACUUGCGUAAGCAUGUCAUUAAGGAAGUCAUUCUAGAAGUUUUGGACCUGCAGGACGGUUGGCCGGAUGAAGACGGGAAUGAAUGGGAUGUACCUGUAGCCCGCGAAGAAGAGGACUGUGUGGACUGUUUUAAAUGGGAAUUUGGAGAUUACAAGAAGGAUAAGGAUGGAUAAUAUAUAUAUCACCAGCCGCUGUAUCUAUCAUGCUUUGUAUUCUUACGUAUCAAGGAUCAUCAAUCACCACUGGCGUGAGCACAAGAAAGUCUC